CACGCCCGCAGCUUGACACAUGGCCAUUUAAAUCGACAACUUGCGAGAAAAAAGCAAAGAAAAACGAACGAAACGUUCUGAAAUAAAUAAAACGUUAACAAAUUGAAAGUGUAUCUGCAACGCGUAAUGCGCACAGUUUGCGGUGUAAACAGGUGGUAAAGUGAAAUCCUCGCAAGCACGAUGGCACAAUCGGUUUCUGCGGGUGGCAAAGAGCAAUCCAUGCUGAGCGAGCAUCACACAACGCCGAAGAAAAAAGUAACAUUGGCGCUUGCUGACUGUGCCAGCGGAAACACCAGCUCGACCGAAGAUGAUUCUAUAUUUCGUACGCUAGAGAAUUUUACUGCCCAGAACGGAACGGCCAGCCCUAAGCUUCCCACCAUUAAGGACUUUAGCAUACUGAAGCCGAUCAGCCGCGGUGCGUUCGGGAAAGUGUUUCUAGGUUAUAAAAAGAGCGAUCAAAACAAACUGUACGCCAUCAAGGUGAUGCAAAAGACGGAGAUGAUCAACAAAAACAUGGUCUCGCAGGUGAUCACGGAACGGAACGCGCUGGCCCUGUCGCGCAGUCCGUACUGUGUGACGCUGUACUAUUCGCUGCAAACACUGUCCUCCGUGUAUCUCGUGAUGGAGUACAUGGUCGGUGGCGAUCUGAAAUCGCUGCUGGCCAUGUACGGGUUUUUCGACGAGCCGACGGCACGGUUUUAUGCGGCCGAAAUCUGUCUCGCGCUGCAGUACCUACACGGGCACGGUAUCGUUCAUCGGGAUAUCAAGCCGGACAAUAUGCUGGUGGCCGCUUCCGGGCACGUGAAGCUAACCGACUUUGGAUUGAGCCGUAUCGAGAUGCGAAGAGAUUUGGAAAUAUCGGACCUGAUAAACUGUUCGCCAAGUCUGAACGCACGCACACCUGGCCAGCUGCUGUCGCUUACCUCCCAUCUGUCGUUCGGUUCGCACGAUAAGCGCAUUGUGGCGGAUGCGGUUGCUGCCAGCGUUUGCUCUAAUCGCCCAAUACGGGAGGAAACUUCCGAUCACGAGUCGGACAGCUCGUUUGGCCAGUCAAGGCAGCAGAACGAUAGCAAAAUGUCCGGCGUGAGUCCAUUCUUUUCCGCGGAGCAGAAUGUAAGCUCGUGCGAAGAGGUAAAACCGUCGAACGCUCCCGAACUGACGAUCGUGGAGGAAAAGUUCGACUCGUCCUCGUACUACACAUGCAAUUCCAGUGAUGAAGGAAAAACGAGCUCGAGUGGCAGCUGUGAGUCGGUGAAGGUAGUUCGGUUGCGUUUGGAGCCGGCCGAAGGACCCGCGCCGGAGAAGGAAAACGUCGAUAGCACGAACAGUGGCGAGGAAAAGACCAGACUGAAAGAUCCGUUCGAAUGUUUGAUGGUUUCGAAAAGGCUGCAUCAAAAUUACACAGAAGAUUCCGGCGUUUCGAGCAGAAAGAGUGACAUAUCCAACAUCCCGUGCGAGCUGUCCGCGAUCGAAAAGGUGGAAAACCAUUCGAACAACAGCAAUAAGGAUUUUAGCUCGGACUUUUCGAGGAGUUACAGCAUGAGCAACAUCACUGAGAUCUCCCACUCACCGGUGCGGAACGGUAUGCGUGGCUUUAAAAGGCCCGAUUUUCUAAGAGGCAUGAAAAGGGGAAGAAAUCUGGCGAAUCGAGUGGAUUCCUUGGCGUCGGACGGGGACGGUGCCAGUACGGGACUCACGCAGGAAAUCGACGUGCUGGACAUCUGUGGUGAGAUGCAUCGGAGUACGCCCAAAAAACGCAAAGCAGCAUCUCCGAUCAAGGGCGUUCUGAAGGUCCGUUCGCUUUCUGACGAUGAGAUGCAAACGGGCGAGAACGUUCUGAUCGCGAACGUCAUGUUCUCGACGCCCGUUUCUUCGCAAAAGAUACGCCGCGAAGGUGGCCAGCUGGGCAAAUUGAAAAGCACCCGCUUCCAGCUACCGUCCUCGAUCGAUCAAUCGCGCAAGGUGAAAGCGUACAGCGAAGCGUUGCCACCGCAUUUCAUCAAAAUGCCGGAUGAAUCGGUCAUGUCACCGAUCUGCACCAACAACACGGCUACGGUUGAGUGCGACAGUACGGCUGGCGCUGAUGCCGGUGGACCGGCGAUCGAGAAUACGCCGAAAGCCGUGAAAACACCGUUCCGCACACCGAAAUCGGUACGUCGAGCGCCGCUGGUAUCGGACGAGCGAAUACUCGGCACGCCCGACUAUCUGGCACCGGAACUGUUGCUGCAGCAGGGCCACGGUCCGGCGGUGGAUUGGUGGGCACUCGGUGUCUGUCUGUACGAGUUCCUGACCGGUGUGCCACCGUUCAAUGACGAGACGCCCCAGAAAGUGUUCGAAAACAUACUCGGGCGGCUGAUCGAAUGGCCGACGGGCGAAGAGUCGCUUUCGGUGGAAGCGGUCGACGCGGUCGAACAGUUGCUCGAGAUGGAUCAAACGAAAAGGCCGGCGGCGGAACAGAUGCAACGGAUGUCGUUCUUUGCCUGUAUCGAUUGGCAGCACAUGAACCUGCUGGAGCCACCGUUCAUACCGAACCCGGACGAUCCGCAGGAUACUGGGUACUUUGAGGCGCGCAACAUCAUGCAGCACCUGAAGCUGUCCAACUUCAAUUUGGACGCUUUUUAGCGAGGUGCGCUGCCAACAAACGCGGAACACAGCUGGAUACUGGCCGUAAGAAUGUACGUUUGAAGGUAAGCCCGAGGACGUUUGGGACGUUUUUAAUACAGUUUGUACCACUACGCAACGGUUAGACUGGUUAGAUAAGAGCCGAUAGGACGUGAGAGGGAGCGCAGGGUUAAUAUAUUAAAGUAAUUGUUACUGUAAGCAGCUUGUUAUGACCAAUUGUGACAUUCGUGAAUGAUUUCGUUUGUUUUAAUUUAUUGCCUAAGUAACGCGGGUGGGAUGCUUUAGUAGUAAUGUGAUAUUGCGAGCACUGAACUGAAAAAAAUGGAACAGGACAGACUCGGACAACAACAAAAAAACAGAACUGACUCGAGUGAUUGAUGUUUGCUAAACUUUGAAACGGAAAUACGAGUGCGCAACAUAUUAGCCGGCAGUUGGCCGAGAACUAGAAGAUGAAACAGAUGGUAGAAAUGGGUCAAUCUUGAUAAGGGAGCGAGUUGUGAUUCUUGUGACGUUGUUUGGGUAAACAUGGUGCGGUCGCAUCUACGGUUGCAUAAAACAUCAGAUCGAUAGCCGGGAAGGACGAUAAGGCGGAUUGCGGAUGUGCGGAAUUUCUUUCAAACUGUAACGAGAGCAGGAAACAGGUGGGCCGCAUCUCCGCUUUAUCUGCCCAUUUAAACCGCCAUCAAUCUUUACGAUGGAAAACAGAGAAACAGAGUCACGCAGCGGAAAUGGGAGUAGUUUUUAAAGGCAUUUUUAUUACUGCGUAAUCGCUCGUACUUUUUUUCAACAAACAAAUGGGUGUAAAUAAAAAGACUAUUUGAAGUA